CAUGUGUCGUCUGCCAUGCUUUGCUGAGGGCAGGCCGCCUUGUCCGACGGGUUGAGUACGCUGUGGUCGUGUCUUUUGUUAGCCUUUUUUGUUUGUGUUCUUCCCGUCGAGUUUACACCAUUUGUGCACCUUCGCGGAGAUGGGGUGCCGCUAGCGUUCAAAGUCGUCGUAUAAAGUGGGUGCCUCGGUGCUUGAAUGUUGUUUGCGUUUUGACCCCGUCGUUAGGCGCAUUCCGCUGUGAUUUCCUCCUUGGAUUCCUACUGCGGAUGUCUUCGACGAUGUGUGUUCUGUGUGUGGUGUGAGUGUUUCGAACGUGCAACCAUGCAUCAAUCGGCUUGGAUUUGGGCUGUCAGCCUGCUGCUACUGGGGAUUUACGUCUACCAAACAGGUUGCCUUUCCAUAUUGCAACAUGUCGCGGAGCCACCCUUAGUUGCCAACUGCAGUCCAGCCGUGCUCCGCUGCCGCUUGGACACAUCAGGCCCUAACCUCGAGGUCUGGUGGACAUUCCAUGGUGAGAAUGCCUCCAAGCUUCCACAUGUGACACUUCUACCUCCGGCAAACAACCAACUGGUCACCUCUGAUGAGGUGACCACAUCAGUGCCACUCUUCCAGACGACACAAGAUUCCGACGUGAACACAACCACACAAGUCUCCAUCACUACAACCACGACAAGUGACGAAACUGAGGACAGUUCAGUGUGGGCAUUACAGCUCAGUUGCCCAACACUUGAGCAUGCCGGGGUGUACGCCUGUUACGCCCUUUCACGGAAUGCCAGUGAAUUUAUUUACAAGAAGGAAGCGACUCUCGAUGUCUAUGUGCCUGUAAGCGUUCAAGUGGACAAGAAUGCUGUGAGGGCUAAUGCAAGCACGUCUUUAACGUUGACAUGCUUGGCAACCGGACACCCUGUGGUGACAACCCUCUUCUGGGCACGCUCUCCCAUCCCACAAAAUGGCUCGUUGUUGGAACCCUUGCCUGGCGUCAACAUAACACACCUGUCUGAUGUGGCAGCUGAGGCUCGGCUGACGAUUGAUGAUCUGCGCCGCCAGGAUAAUGGCACCUACCUCUGCUAUGCUGCCAAUGAAUACAACGUGACAAUGGCCACACAAGAUGUGCUCAUAUUAGAGCCACCCGAAGUUUUCCUGUCUUCCCUUGAAGCAGAAGACGCCCGGACAGCUAAGCUUACUUGGGAUGUCCGACAUUCGGGAAAUCAGCCCGUCUCUCGGUACCAUCUCCAGGUUCGCAACUACAGUACGGAAGUGGACUGGUUGGAUGUGCACAAUGCCAUUGCAGCGAAUAUGAGUUCCUAUUUGGUUCACUACCUUGCACCAGGUGCAACGUAUGGGUUUCGGCUGUCUGCCGUCAAUGCCCUGGGCAAUGGACCCUGGGAGCAACGGAACAUCACUAUGCCACCUGACGUGCCUCCAAAAAUCAGUCAAGUGCAUCUUCUGGCAACAACCAAUGAAACACUGGUGUUCGCAUGGCGUAGGCCUAGUCACGACAACGGAGCCAACAUUAGCCAGUACCAACUGGAAUUGGCCAAAGCUGGACAAGUGCACGGUAACAGGACUGAUCUUUCAGCGGAACCUCAGAACAGACUGAAGCACAUGUACGUAUACGUCGGCCUCACACCGGGAGAUCAGUAUGUUUUUCAGAUGCGUGCUUGCAAUAUCAUUGGAUGUGGCAUCUGGUCGGAUCAACUGGAAGUUAGCACAGCUGAUGGAAUGGCUGCAGCCCCUGAGAAGGUACAAAUGCAUUGUUUCGCCAACACAGAAAUGAACAUGACAUACAGCAUCAUCACAUGGGAGCCUCCACAGGAUGCCAGGGGAACCAUACUCGGAUAUAACGUAGCCCUCGAAGGACAAGCAAUUUAUCGUCGCGAGAAUGGCCAGUUGGAUACUGAGAAGGUCCGUGAAAUGCAUGAGGUCAACUCCACCACAUUGCAGUUCACUCUAACUGUGAAGCCCAACACAAAUUAUACCGUGCGGGUGUGCACUGUCAACAAGGCCGGAUGUGGCAACUUGAGCGGUGUAACUGCACAUUCCUCCUGCACAUCACCACCCAUUGGUCCCGCCCAGAUACCAAAGUUGAGCUUUCAGAAGUUUGACCGACAAUCACGACACAGACAUCUGCGGCUUCACCUGAAACGGGUGUCGGAACGCAACGGUAACAUUCUGUGUUAUCGCAUAAUCAUGGUGAAGCUUGCGCCAGGCAAAACCUUGGAUUCCUUGCCAAAGGAUCAACGGCAGCUCAACAUUACUUCCUACCAAGAAGUGCACCAGGGAUCCCUGAGCGGCGCUUAUGUUGCCGAAGCCAUCAGUAGCGAGGAUUUGGUCGACGAAGUGGUGAUCGGCGAUGAACGCAAUCGCGCCUGCAGAGCAGACAGUGAUCCAUGGCUGAACAGUAGUGUCCUGGAGGAAGAACCAAUCCGGGACGGAGCUCUCGCAGCACACACAAAUUACACCGGUUUCUUCCAAGUGCAUGUCCGAGGUUCUAACGGAUCUGUGCUGUCUCAGCAGAGUCCAUAUUUUGCACCUGUCCAAACCGGCUCAGACCAACACCACAUCAACUCCGAGAGUCCAGCAGCUAUCAUCUUCGGCAUCAUUUGCGGACUCGUCCUGGUCGCUCUGAUGCUGCUCAUCAUCGUCUGUAUCAUCAAGCGGAAGAACGGGCACCUGUAUGAAGAUGAAGGUGAGCGGCUGGGGCUGACUGCUCUCAUCCGGAGAACCAUUCAUAGGAAUGGCCGCAUUCCUCGAGCCGGAAAAAUGGGCACCUUCCCUGUGUCACCCAACACGAUCACAAUCUCAGCAGACAAUUUACCAACUGCCUUCAUCAAGCGCCACUGCGACAGCGACCUGCUCUUUCAGAACGAAUUUGAGAUGUUGCCAGAGAGGUUCAAAGACAGGACAACACAUGCAUCAGACGCACCUGAGAAUUUGCACAAGAAUCGCUAUCCUGACAUCAAGGCAUAUGACCAGAGCAGGGUGAAACUCUCACCUGUUGAUGGAAUACCAGGAUCGGAUUACAUUAAUGCAAACUUUGUCGAGGGAUUUGGUGGCAAGAAGACUUUUAUCUGUGCCCAAGGUCCUCUAGACAGAACAGUAAUGGACUUCUGGCGCAUGAUCUGGGAACACAAAGUGUCUGUCAUCGUCAUGCUGACCGGCGUCGAAGAAAAUGGCAAGGUGAAAUGUGCACAGUACUGGUCUGAUGAAGGCUCCAAGGAAAUUGAAAAAGGAUUCGUAAUAGCCGUAAUUACCACAAAAAAGUAUUCAGACUACGUCGUCAGGAGGUUUCAAGUGGAACACAUAAAGGAUGGCGUAACUGAAGAGCGCGAGAUACUGCAGUUCCACUUCACCAUGUGGAAAGACUUCUUAGCUCCGGAGCAACCUUCCUGGCUGCUACGUUUUAUCAAACGGGUCAAUGAGCACUACGUUUCUGACCGGGGGCCCCUACUCGUUCACUGCAGCGCUGGGGUGGGUCGGACAGGCACGUUUGUGGCCAUUGAUUCCCUCCUGGAAGAGCUGGAGAAGACUGAAGAAGUGGACAUCUUCUCGUGCGUCGCCAGCUUACGCAGACAGCGCAACUUUCUUGUACAAACAUUGAAGCAGUAUGUGUUCAUCUAUCGUGCCCUUCUGGAGCAAGCUCAAUUUGGAGACACAGAAAUUGAGAUCCACCACAUGAGGGACCACUACUUACAGCUCAAAGACAAGAUUGGAGAGAAAACUGGAAUGGUGCUUGAGUUUGAGAAACUGGCUGAUGUAAUAGAAGAUCCCAAAACAUGCUGUGUGGGCAUGAUGGAUAUGAAUGCAGCUAAAAAUAGAUAUGACUUCAUCGUGCCAUAUGACUGCAAUAGGGUAAUAUUACCAGCGUCCCCGGAUCAUUCAUCCUACAUUAAUGCAUCAUUUGUUCAGGGCUAUGACCGUUCAAUGUCAUUUAUCAUCACACAAGACCCACUGGACUGUACCGUGGUUGAGUUCUGGCGCAUGGUCAAGGAGCAGUGCAUCUCAACUAUUGUCAUGUUGUCCGAGUUGGGCGAUGGACAGACAAAGUGCCAACAAUACUGGCCGUCGGAUGGAGAGCUCCUGUGCGACUAUGUCCAAGUGAAAUUUGUCAAGCAAGAUGUGUCUAUUCACUACAUCAGGCGAGAAUUUGAUGUCACUAAUAGUAAGUCUGGGGACUCUCAUCGUACAACGCAACUUCAGUUCCUGGGCUGGGUGGGUCAGCCCGUCAUUGACAGUGAUAGUACAACGGGUGUAUUAGCGCUCAUUGAGUGCGCCCAACAUAUCCAAGCUCAAUCUCCAAACAGUGGGCCCAUUACGGUCCACUGCAGUGGUGGUGGAGACCGCAGCAGCGUCUUUGUCACAUUGAGUGUCCUCAUCCAACAACUUCGAGCCGAGGAGCGCGUUGACGUGUUCCAGGCAGCAAGAUAUACUCGCGCUCAAAGGCACUGCAUGCUACAAACGCCUAACCAAUACGAGUUCCUGUACCGAGGUCUCCUCACCUACAUGGAGACCCACAGCUUGUGUAACAUGGGCGACACCCAGCUAUGAGGGCUACAUAUCUUAGGUUGUUCCAAGGUUCACUGGCAUCACCAAGACGACAAACGGCCACAUGCUUGUCAUCGACAAGUCACUGUCAGAAACUCACUGGCUCAA